AAUCCCCUCGGCUGGGCAGGAAGGGGAGGGGUCGCGCCGAGACAAUCACUCUCCUUUCUGCAGCAGCCUGACCCCGUCCCCUUCCCCAGCCGCCGGUCUCCGCCCUCCCCUCCCCUCCCCUCCCCAUUGGCUCCCUGGGAAUUUGGGGAGCCUCUGAGCUAGGGGUGGGGGAGGAGCCGGGCGCGCGCGCGCUGCAUUGUGUGCCCCGCCGCGGGAGCGCGCCGGGGGGGGGAUGCGGGUGCACGCGGCGGUCGGGGGCGCGCCUCAGGGCUCCGUCCGGCGAGUCCCCUUGUGUGUCGCUGGCUCGCUCGGGGCGGCGGGGCGCGGAGCGGAGCCGGCCGGCGCCAUGGAGGAGCUGAGCAGCGUGGGCGAGCAGGUCUUCGCCGCCGAGUGCAUCCUGAGCAAGCGGCUCCGCAAGGGCAAGCUGGAGUAUCUGGUGAAGUGGCGAGGCUGGUCCUCCAAACACAACAGCUGGGAACCUGAAGAGAAUAUUCUUGAUCCAAGGCUGCUCCUUGCCUUCCAAAAGAAGGAACAUGAGAAAGAGGUGCAGAAUCGGAAGAGGGGCAAACGACCCAGAGGCAGGCCCAGGAAACAUGUGGAACCAGAGGUGCCUCCAAAAAUCAAGUCAAGUAGCUCCUCAUCCUCUACCUCUUCAUCUUCCUCCUCCUCUGAUGAAGAGGAUGAGAGUGACCUGGAGGCAAAGAGAGGUCCCCGGAGCAGAGAGACUCACCCAGUGCCACAGAAGAAAGCUCAGAUUCUGGUUGCGAAGCCGGAAAUAAAAGACCCUGUCAGGAAGAAGCGUGGGCGGAAACCUCUGCCUCCGGAGCAGAAGGCAGCCAGAAGGACCAUGAAUGUGGCCAAGGUGCUGAAAACCACCCGAAAGGAGACGGGGGGAGGUUCUAAACUAAUGGGGAAAUUACAGCCCCAACACAAUGCUCAGGGCUCAGGUAUUGCUGUGCUUAAAUCUAAUGUGAAAGAGCCCCAAAGUGCACUGAGUGGGCUUGGUCCAGGGGGCUUAUCUGCUGAGAACCUGCCCAAUAUACUGAAGGGCUCCUCCGGGAGCCCAAACCACGGGAUCAGCUGGCAGAGUUCUAUUGUGCACUACAUGAACAGGAUGUCCCAAAACCAGAGCUCUGCAGAGGCUCCGCUCCCAGGGAGGCUGGCACUCAAGUCACAGGCAGCCACCAAGAGUAGCCUAGGACUGGACUUAAAAAUGAGAAACCAGAAAGGACCUGGGGAGCCUGGGUUGAAUGUGCCAGGAUCCAAAACAGCCAAGGCACUCGGCAGUGGUGCUGGGGGGGAUCAGAAAUCCGGCUUCACUGCUGGGGCUCAGACCCUGCACAAUGGCAGCAAGGCACCUGGGAAUUCCCCUGCCCCAGGAAGCCAGCUGACGUCCCAUCAGGAGCUGAACCUUCAAGCUUUAAACUUACAGAGUGUCAAAAAUGGGCCGAAUUCAGCCGCUGGCAGCAGCCUCCCUCGUCAUGUCUGUGGGACUCUGGCCAAAAGUGCUGGUGCCGAGGCUGCGAAUGUGGGGGCAGCCGCUGCCAAGGGCAACAGGGUGGGCACAGGGCUGCAUGCCCAAAAUGCUGGGCUGCCGCCAGGCGUGGAUACCUGCAAAAACGAGAAACCCAUGCAAAGAGCAGCUGCUGGGGAAAGAGAGGUGACAAAAAGUGGAGUCCCAUGUGCGCCAGAGGGGCACCCCACAACGGAGAACCGCAAGCCGGCAGCCCUGUCUGAAAUGAGCACCGGCGAAGAGGAGACCAGCUCCGAUUCGGAUCGGGAUUCUGCCUCGUUUCCUGGUAUGGGCCAGAACAUGUCAGUCUCCAUCCAGACCAGCCAGGACUGGAAACCCACCCGCAGCCUGAUUGAACACGUCUUUGUCACAGACGUGACAGCCAACCUGAUUACAGUGACCGUCAAGGAGUCUCCCACCAGUGUUGGGUUCUUCAAUCUUAGACAUUACUGAACCAGGAGGUGCGAGGUGGGGAGAUGGGUUCCCAUAGCCCCUUCUGAUGCCUCUUUCCCAUUGUUUCAUUGGUUUUUCUUCAAGUGAAUGCCAGAUGGCAAUGAGAUUUGGGGAGGCAAAAAUCAGGUGUCUCUGCCCCUAUAAGCAAUUGGCUAUUGAACAAGACCCCGGCCUCCCCCAACAAAGCGUUCUGCCAUUGCCGGUCAGCAUUGUUCUUGGAGGGUCAUUGUAUCUCUGGAGGCCUCCUGGAGCCAGUCGAGAUUUUUUUCUGAAGGCUGGGAGGAGUAGGAUGCAGUGAAACCUGUUAACAGCUACCAAAGGCCAUUCUGUUUUUCUGACCACUAUAGCAGGUGGCACAGAGUAAGGUUAAUGCAGUGGUUCUCUGGUGGGGAUUAAGACUGGCUAGCUGGCUGCUAAAAAGUGGUUAGCAAGUGACUGGUAAACCAGGUUUCUCUGUGCUUGGGUUUCUUUGCUGUACCUCUUGAAAUGUCAGAACACCACGUGUACAAGUACCUGGACAGGUGGGGAGAGGGCUAUGGGGUCAUGCAAUGUAACAGGCUAAAGCUUUUCCUUAAGAAAAAGUGAGGGUUUUUUUUCCUUCUAGGCAUUAGCACAAAUCUGCCCACUAUCUCCUGGGACAGUCAGACUCAAUCCAAAUCAGACAGCCAACUUCCACAGGGUUCCGCAUGCUGCGGGGUGGGGGGAGUUGCCUGUAGAUGUGGGGGUUUUCAGGGGACAUUAGUUUAAGCCCAGCUACCCUCCUGGGCUAGGUUGCUCCCAGUGAUGAGCGUGAAGUGACUGCUCGUUCUCUUGUGAUGUUUUGCAAAUGAAAUGGAAAUAUUGUUUACAUUUUUAUACAAAAUCCUCCCUUGUUCAGAAGGGAGGUGGGGGGCAAGGGGCCUUCAGACUAAACCUGUUACUGUCGCUGGCAAACCCAGACCCGCUGUGGUGGGAAUGGGCGUCACAGCCUGCAUUCACACCACACGUGGCACGUUUGAGGUGCACAGCGUGAGCUGGUGGCUGAUCAGCAGUUGGCCAGGGCUGCAAGCAGUAUGAGCUGCUGCUGUGAAUGUCUCUGUGUGCGUGAAAGAAGAGAAGUCAGGGUUGGGAACCAGUCUGGACAAUUUAGUGCUGGGCAGCCCAGUGCUCUCCAAAUCCAGGCCUUUUCUUUGUCCCAGUAUCUUUAACACUUCACAUGCUACAUGCAAAUACUUGUGGCAGGAUUUAACUUGCUGCAUGCACACACGUCCUUCAGGACUGUGCGUAGGUUUUGCAGCCCUGGGCCUAAAGCCACCUGCUACUUGGAGACCCACUAUGAGGCUCAAGCACAAUGGAGAAACCUUUUCUACUAGGUCUGAGGUUUGUAGAUGCCAUGAGGCAGGGUAUAGCGGGCAGCUUGGGGCUCUGACUUGCCAUUAGCCUUGUCUUGAUGCUACCACUAGGAAUGAGUGAGGCUUAAAACACAAAAGGAAAAGGAGGACUUGUGGCACCUUAGAGACUAACCAAUGUAUUUGAGCAUAAGCUUGCGUGAGCUACAGCUCACUUCAUCGGAUGCAUUCAUGAAAGCUUAUGCUCAAAUAAAUUGGUUAGUCUCUAAGGUGCCACAAGUCCUCCUUUUCUUUUUGCGAAUACAGACUAACACGGCUGCGGCUCUGGAACCGGUUAAAACACAGCGUUUGUGGGAUCAGAAUUCCUGCCGAGCUCCUGUUGCUAGCAGGCUUCAUGAGCGUGGUGGAGGCAUUGCACGCAGGGCUCAAGCUGGGUGCUGCCAAGUGCCUUCAAUUCACAUUGAUGUCAGUGGAAACUCCGGGUGCUCAAAGCCUCCUAGGGUGGGGCCCAACGUCGCUGGGGUGGGGAGAGCACACACCUCACUACCUCUCAAGCAGCAGUUCCCCAGGGACAGCCUUUGGCAGGCUCUGGAUGGAGCCUGCUUCAGGCAGACAAGGAGGCUCGUGCUGAACUCUGUUUGAAUGCAGCCUUUGCGAUUGUAGUGAUCUGGAACUCUCCUGGGUGUGUGGCAGGGGCAGCCUGGUACCUUCAUGUGCUAUAAGAACAUGCCUGCAAAAGGCAGCCCUUGAAAGAUCCCUGCAGCAGGGUGGCCAACGACUGGGCUGUCGGGUCAGUGUGUUUAGGUGCCGCUUCAAAGUGGGUGGGUUCACCUGCUACAUCCCUGCCCCAGUGACGUGCAUCUUCCUCGACCACAGUAUGGAGCACCUGCAGUGUCAGGAGCAGCUGGGCUACCAAAGGGAUGCUGUCAACUCGUAAAGAGCCAAAGGCUGCAGGCCCCUUAGGUGAAUAUAGGCGCACGUAUAUUUCUUAGAUUCUGUUUUACUGCUCUGAUGUGGCCAGGCAUUUAAAAUGCGAGUUCCUUUGGGCCUGGACGGGCUGUUCUACUGUUCUCUCAGGUCAGGGAGGUUUAUAAUCUAUUACUGUUGGUUCUGCGGUGUCUGGGUUGCCAGGGAAGGUUCCACUGGGUUUUGUAUUUAAUUCACAAACCUUAAUGGAUUUAGGUUUCGUUUUUAACAAACCUAAGAUUGGGUCCAGUUUGAGUUGACAAGCCCUUAAUCUUAUAGAAUGGUUCCUACCUUGAACAUUACCAGGUGGAUUUGUGGGGUGGGGGUUUCCACCCCCUUGUAGUCAGUGACCUUUCUGCCAGCCAGACGGCCUUCGCUGUGGCUCCCUCCCAAAGUAAUUGAUGCUCUAACAGUCAACCUAGGGGCAAGGAGCUCACUUCAGAUUUGCUGCAGCAGAGCUCCCGCAGCCUCUGCCAGCCCAGGGAUUGUCGGUGGUGUGGCUGGCUGCACUAUCCAGCGUAAGAGCUGUCCUCCUCAAGUGCGUGGGACAAGGGUCAGGUGGGUCAGACCAGUUUUGUCCGCGAGGAGGGUUUGCUUUGGAGCUCCCUGGUGCCAAAAAGUAACGUCUGUUAUUCAGUUGACCUCAUAAUUCACAUGCAGCCAAACUAACUACUGCGACUUUGAGAACGUCAAGAAAAAAAUAGCUUGUGGGUUCAGAAGCCUUUACCCCUGCGGUGGCCUUUGCCACAUGUGUUCUGAAGCCCCAGACAUGGGGAUGCUGGCAGAUCCUUUCCUUCAGUAAUGAACAAGAGGGGUCUGGACAUCUCAAAGGCUGUGGCUGGCUGUCUUCCUCACACACCAAAUAUUUACUACUUGGCCUUUGCAAAUCCAAAUGAAAGUAACUUACAAUGUGCCUUUUGGAAUGUGCUGUCCCAGCCUUGCCCAUGGGACAGGUCACUGAUAGCUGUCUUGUGCUUAUGCAAAGCUGGGUUAGUCCAGGGUCCUGUGAAAAGUAAGGACGUAGGUGAGGGGCAGGGGAGAGGACCCUCCUCAGCAGUGUGGCACCCCAGCAUUUAUGUGGAUCCCCAGGUACACCUGCUUUGGUGAUGAUAGCAGCUGGUGUGUGUCCAAAGGGAACUGCACCAUCCUUUCUGAGGUUGGCAUCUGAACACAGAGAGGGAAGAAGCUGCUUCAACAGGGAUGAACCCAGAAAUCCUGAGAAUAAGGCUGGUGAUGGGUCUGUGUAAACAACCUGCUGGGGUGGCCAUUGAAAAAUGGCAUUUGACGCUGGUCUGGAGAGGGGCCAGUUGAUGGGACUGUAUCAAGAUGAUAGAAACCUGCUUCUCCGUCCCUACUCGUGUAAUGUCAGUGCCUGUGGUUUUACUCUGGGGUGUCAAGAGGGCUGCACUGGCGGAGGACAGGGCUUGGACGGGUGUGACUAAUCAUGGUGGGUACCGGUUUGCACUGAUGCUGCAUGCCUGCCUUCCUUUACAAACAGUGCAAACCACAUCUGCGUACUUGCGGUGCAGAGUCCUCCAGCCUAGACGGGCUCUACGUAAGAUGUCCCCAUUCAGAAUUCCAGUGCUAAAUUAAAUUGUAUUCACACUUGAUGGCUUGGUCCCACUCAAAGACCUUUCAGAGUCUGGGUGAUGUUUUCUUGGGAUUCUUAAUUUUUGCCCUGGAAACUUGUAAUACAAAUGGAAACUGGCUUUCUUUUAGCACCAGCCACUUAUAAAACUGGGUUUUCCCCCCCUCCUGUAGCAGUGGGAACCUGCUUUGCCAAUGCUAACAUUGUGCCUUUCUGUUAACCAGCUGUUUCAAUCCCAAAGUUAUAAAGACUGUGAAAGUGAUAAUCUGGAAACACCUUGCUUUCAUCUCAUUCUUCCUCCCCCCUUUAAUCUGGCAUUAAAUGUGUUGACUCCCCUUAACAAUGUGAGUGAGUGAGUGAGUGUGUGUGUGUCUGAGUGAAAGUUUAACUUUGAAGUCAGCCUCUCAAAGGCAAAUUGUGCAUUUUAAUUUAAUCUUUUGUGGACUGAAGUUUAAAAAGCUGGUGCUAAUUGUGUUUACCAAUAAAAUUAGUCUUCAAAGUCUACCUUUUAUAAAAUUUGCUGCUAUGAGUUUGUGUUUUAGUUGCAUGUCAAAAAAACCAAUUAGAGGUUUGUCACUAUUUUUAGUCUUAAGGGGUUUCCCCGGGAAUAGUACUGCAGUAUUUGUAUAUUGAAUCGGUAUUUUAUCCUGGCAUAAUCUGGUGAAGUAAAGGGGUUUUUCAUUGGACUGGAAAAAGUGGACAAUUCAGUCAUCUUCCUUAGGAGUUUAGUAUAUUUUUAUACAUAUAUUGUACCAAAAAACUGGAGUUCUUGGGAGCUGAUUCUUUUUGUUUUGGUUCUGAGGCUGACCUAGAUGUGAAGGACUCUGGACCCAAAAAGAAAAGGUUCUACUAAAAGAAACUGAGGAAGUGUGUGUGUGAAAACAAUUGUUCUUGUCACAGUGCCAAUUACUGCCUGAUUUGCAUUUAUUAUUUUUUAUUAUUAAAAAAGCCAAAUCAUUCCUGUAUGCCACUUCUGAUUGCUUUAAACUACUACAGUGUGUUUGCUUUUUAGAGAACAAGCGUUGGAUAUGUUAUAACCCGGGGAAAGCUUGAGUUCUUUGUUGGAAACAAGACCGCAGCCCAGCCCAGAGGUUAAAUAAGGGCUGCCUACCUGAAGACAAUGACUGCCCAUUGAGCUUGCAGUGUGUUCAAGUCAGUGGUUGGGGUUCCUUUGGUGACCCUAGAGUUGGCUUCCUUGCAUUUUGUGAUGUUUUCUAGUAUUUUUGGACACUAAUGCUAGUGUAGACUCCAGACCUCUAGGCUGCUUUUAAUUUAUUUUGCAGGAAAACACUAGAAGUUGGUAUGUCAGACAACUUUGUAUAAUGUUUUUAUUCAUGUUAGUAUAUCAAUAAAUAUUUUUUUAAACUUUUCA